CACCUAAUGCUGUUUAUAUAUUGCCGUGGCCGAGAAGAGCAUUCGCUAUGCAUGCAUGUGUGUGUGUGUGUGUGGUUGUUAACUGGAUGUCCGCGUCCGUCUGUCGUCCAUCCAUCAAAAAGUCCAGUGAGUGCAGCCAGGCAGCCAUACAGACAGACAGACAGGUCGGUCAACCAGCGGCGAGUACAGCUCCACCCAUUCACGCAAUGCAGGGAGAAGGACGUCUUCCAUCCUUCAUUCGCUCCUUGUGCAGUGCUCCCCCCAGCCACCCCCCCCGCCCCACACACACACACGCACAGACAGAGGGGCGUACGAAGCAUCAACCAGCAUCAUCACCUCACCUCACUGACGGCUUCUCUCCUCUCCCUCCCUCCGUAUGGGGGACGCACACACACGACGAAUAAAUUGUUUGGUCAGCGCACACAGACAGACAUGUCUCGUGGAUGGAUGUUGAAAAAAACCCGGCUAGCAGAGCAGCUGCAUGAAUCGGAUCUAUAAGAUCGAUUCACCCAGCCAGGAUAUGAUAUAUCCUGGUACAGAUAUAGAGAGAGAGGCGAGGAGAGAGAGAGAGAGGGGACGAAAAAAUGCCGAUCAUCGAAGAGGAGGGGCGCAAACAGCACCCCCCUUCCCUCACACCCACCCCCCCACUACCACUACAAGCAGGUGUGCUGGUGUGACGGGGUGGUCAGCAGUGUCAAAAAGUGAAGACGGGACGGGAUGGACGGGUGGAUAGAUAGAUAGACGGGAUGAAUGAAUGAAUGAAUGCAUCGGCCAUCGCAUCGUAGGUAGAUUCAUUGUUCUCUCGAUCGACAGCGGUCAACAAACAGGGUUAGUCCAGAAAAACAACCAGACAGACCAGAGCAAUCAAACAAGACAAUGAAUGCAAGAAAGACAAGACACCCCCAGCCCAUCUAGACAGCCCACUGGGGAAGGGCGAUGGUCAAUCAAAACUCCCAGUGGGCCGGUGGUCCGGGGGGGAGGGGGGGUGGGGGAAGAAAGAGAGACACGCAGGGAGGCAGGCAGGCAGGGACAGAGAGACGCCGUCCCUCCGUCAGCUUACUUCCGUUUCCUCCGGCGGUCGUCGUCAUUGCCUUUAGAUGGUGGUGGUGGUGGGGAAGUGCUAGCUGACGGCGGUUGGACGGUCUCUCCCUCCCCGUCUGGGGGGCAGACGUAGAGGAACCGCUGCAGGACGCGCUGCUUGCACUCGUACGUGCCCGGCCGGUUGUAGCAGCAAGAGUACCACGGGCAUGGAGACGUCUCUAUGCACUCGUCGAUAUCUGCACACACACACGCACACGUGUUAGAGAGAGAGAGACAGGGGUUCCUAUGCCGUGUGGGCGUGUCUGUGUGUUUGGUUGUUUGGCUGCCUGACCUUCGCACUCCUGUCCGUUUCCUCUGAAGCCCGUCUUGCACUCACACCGCUUCCCGCCGUUGUAUCCCACGCAGUUGGCGUGCUCAGAGCAGAACUCACAGCCAGCGGGAGGCCCUGCAACCACAGCACACCACGAAGCCAUCCGUGGCAUGCCUCUGUCUCCCUUCCAGUGUGCAGCUAAGCUAAGCUAAGCUAGGCGGCUCACGGUAGAGGACUGUGACUUGGUUGGAUUCCUUGUUGCGGUUGCCGGAGGGGUCGGUGACGGCGCCCGCGGGGAUUUGCAGGGCGGCCACACCCGACUUGACGACAGCCACGGGGAUGACGUAGCGCAGACCGACCACGUCGUCACGGAUCGGCCUGUCCGCUAUCGCAUUGAACGUCUGGAUGCUCUUCUCCUGCGUGCCAUGCAAGAAACACACACCGAUUGAUUGAUCGUAGCGCCGGUUGGUUACUAAGGGCCGGCUGACCGUGAAGCCCCUGACGGGUUCUGUGAAAGUGGCGGUGACAUUGAAGGCCCUGAAGACGAGCACGGGGGGCGCCUGGGACCCCAACACAACCUCAGGAGGGACCGUGUCUGCACCAUACAUCGUUUGUGGACAUGUCUCCUCUCCUCACUUCUGUGUCCCCCCUUGUGUGUCUCCCCCACCGACUCCUCCGUACUGACCAGUGCAGUUGAAGGUAGCAUCCAUGAGUCGCUCUGAGAUUUCCUGCAUUGAGCUGAAGUCGGUGUUGAAGAUGUGCUCGUGGUCGGGGUCGGACGCCAUGAACUGCAGCUCGAAUUUGUUGACGGCGUCACCCACGCCCACAACGAUGAUCUCCACACCCAUCACCUCCUGCCAUUGGAGACAUACGACAAGGCACCAGUGAGAGACAAAGACACUCACGAACAAACAAACAAAUAAGGCAUGCUGUCCGACUGACCUUGAGGUAAGUGGCGACAUAGCACUCCUGGUUGUCGGCGCACCCACCAAACCCGUCGGUAAUGAUGAUGAUCUUCUUGACCGUCUCGUUCUUGGACUCGGCCAAGAAGAUCUGCUUGGACGACUCCAGCGCCUCCGGAGUGUUGGUGCCGCCCCCGGUGAACUUGAGGCCCUCGACGGCGUCGUACACCGCGGAGUUGUUCUGAGUGAUGUUAGUGAAGGAGAUCGGGUUGGCCCUGGAGCUGUAUGGCACGAGAGCGACCCGCACGGCCUCGUCGUCGACCUCGGUCUUGUCGGUGAGGGACUGCACGAAGUCCUUCAUGGCCUCCCAGCCGGCCGCCUGCACCGACCCCGAUCUGUCCAGCACGAUGAUGAGAUCGGUCCGCUCACGGCGGCAAGCUGCAUCGCAGCCAUUCCAUGCAUCAGACAGACAUGUGAGGAAUGUCUGUCCUCUCCUCCGUGUGUGUGAUGUGAUAUGGUAAGUCCCUACGGGCGACGGGCGCUCGAGUGGUGGAGCUGAUCGUCACGGGGGGGGUGACGGGAGCCGUAGUGGUUGCAUUCGGGGCGACCGGAGCCGCAGUAGUUGAUGAUGUCGUUUCUGGCCUCUCCGGGAGGAUGGCCUCUGCCGUCGAUGUCGGGACCUGCGUCGUGCUUGUGCUGGUGGUCUCCGGCCUCACGGUUGUUGAGGUGGCCGGGAGAGGCGUCGUGGUCUCGGGAGGCGGGGGCGUGGUGGUCAGGUUCAGCACCGGCUCCUCUGUGGUUGUUGUGGUCGUCUUAAGAGGCUCUGUGGUUGGUGCGGGGGUGGGGGAAGUGAACUCGGGCAGAGCUGUGGUGGUCGGCAGGACCGCCGGCGGGGUGCUCGAUUCUAAUGUGGUCUCUAUCGUCUCUGUCGUUGUGCUGGUGCUGGUGGUCGUUGGGGCCUCUGUAGUGACCUUUGCCGUCGUCGUUACCAAAGGAGGGACUGAAAAAGCAGAGGACAGAAGUGCUGCGCCACCCCACCCGACCUCCGAUCCCUGCUCUCUCACUUGUGGUGGUUGUUGGAAAAGGUGCGACUGUGGUGUUGAUGACCGGCUCUGUCGUCAGAGGUGCAGUCGUGGGCAGCUCUGUGGGCACGGCUGGGGGCGAGGUGAACUCAGGGACGGCCGGAGUAGUCGUCACGGGGGCAGCAGGGGUCGUGCUCGGCGCAGCUACACAUUGGAAGGAGGUGAGAGCGAUGAAGGCUAAAGGUGCUCGGCUAUGGCCUUACACUCACCGGUAGUCGACGUGGUGGGGACGGGAACUGCUGUCGUGUUGACCACUGGCGGCUCGGAAGUGAACCAGAAUGUGGGGGCCGAGGUAGUUGUUGUCUCCUUGACAGGUGCUGUCGUUAUUAUUGGCUGUGGAGUUGUGGGGACAGCGGGGGCCGCACUCGUGGUGGUUGGUAAUGCCGGCUCGGUGGGCAGGACAGCCGGGGGCGUGCUUGUGGUCACAGCAGCAGCUGAAAGAAAGAACCAAAAAGAAAUCGUGCUUGUGUCUCCCCCUUCCCAGCCUCCCUCUUACUUGUGGUGGGCACUCUUGUGGUCGGCACUGGAGGUGCUGUCGUAUUGAUGACGGGUGGCGGCAUCGUCGUAUUCAUCACAGGCGGGGCCAAAGUCGUGGACUCAAAUGGGGGGGUGGUGGGCAAAGCCGGGGGGGACGUGAACUCAGGCAGAGUCGGGGCACUGGUCGUUGAUGGAACUGGGCUUGUUGUUACCCUCUCUGUCGUAGUGGUCGGCGCCCUUGUCGUCACAGCUGCAUUAAUCGCCGAGCAGAGAAAGGAAGAUCGAUCCUUCAAGUGAUGUCUCACUGACGGGUGCGUCGAUGCUUACCAAUUGUCGAUGUCGUCGGCAGCGGUGGCACUGUCGUGUUGACGAACGGCGCCUCCGUGGUAAGCUCAGGAACAGCUGUAGUCGGCAAGACGGCCGCCGGUGUGCUUGUCGACACGGCAGGUGCUGCAAGCAUGAAAAGACAACACAAGUCAGAUUGCAUGCGGGUGUCUCGUCCGUCUCGGCGUGCCCCUACUCGUAGUUGGUGGCAAAGGCGCGGCUGUCGUAUUGAUGGCCGGCGCUUCGGUCGUCACAUACUCAUAUGGGGGCGUGGUGGGCACACCGGGGGGUGACGUGAACUCAGGAACAGCAGUCGUUGUUACCACCGGAGCCCUUGUGGUAGUUGCCGGCGGUGCGGGGGCCACCGUCGUGUUGACCACAGGCGGCUGGGUCGUGACAAUCUCGAAUGGGGGUGUGGGUGUCUCGGUGGAGGGAGGGGGAGAGGUGAAGACGGGGAGGGCAGUAGUGGUGGUUGAUGGGAGCCGUUCUGUUGUCACCCUGCGUGUCGUGGUCGUCACGGGGACAGCUGGUGCGGUGGUGUUGACCUCAGUAGAAGUAGUAAAGACUUCUGUGGGCUUUGCUGUAGUUGUCACCUCCACAGGCCUUGUGGUCUCGGGAACAAGCGGUGGCCUGGUGGGCAGGACCGCUGGCGGCGUGGUCGGCUCAGAUGUGGUCUCUAUCCUCUCCGUGGUGGUAGAGGUAGAGGGCGCCUCUGUCACAUAACGAGUGGUGGUAGGCAAACCUGUCACUGAAAGAGAGCAACAGAGGAGGAACACAUGUGUCUCGUGAACCCAUUUACUCUCAAAGAGUUCUUACUGGUGGUUGGUGGCCUGGGAGCCACAGUCGUGUUGAUAACCGGCUCUUCGGUUGUCACAUACUCAAAGGGAGGUGUGGUGAACUCUGGGAUGGCGGGCGCCGUCGUCUCAGGAGCCCUUGUGGUGCUCGUCGUCGUUAGAGGUGGUUUGGGGGCCACCGUCGUCUUGACCACAGGCGGCUGGGUCGUGACAAUUUCGAAGGGGGGCGUGAAUGUCUCGGUGGAGGGAGGGGGAGAGGUAAAGACGGGAAGAGCAGGGGUAGUGGUGGCUGGUGGCCUCUCAGUCGUCACUCUGCGCGUGGUGGUGGUGGGCAGCGGGGCCACCGUUGUAUUCACCAAGGGCGCCUUAGUCGUGAGCCACCAAUCUGGAGGCUCCGUGGGCUCGACCGUCGGCUCUUCGGGAGGUGUGGUGACCUUGGGGGUCUCCGGCACCUCAGGCACGAGAGGUGGCCGAGUCUCCGGCCUCUCGGGCUCAGGUGGCGGCCUGGUUGGCAAGACGGCCGCCGGUGUGCUCGUCGACACAGCAGCAGCUGAAAGAAAGAACCCGAAAAGAAAUCGUGUUUGUGCCUCCUCCCUUCCCAGCCUGCCUCUUACUUGUGGUGGGCACUCUUGUUGUCGGCACUGGAGGUGCUGUCGUGUUGAUGACGGGCGGUGGCACCGUCGUAUUCAUCACAGGCGGGGCCAAAGUCGUGGACUCGAAAGGAGGCGUCGGGCUCGUGAACUCGGGAAGGGGAGGCGCAGUCGUGCUAAUGACUGGCCUUUCUGGCGCUAGAGCAGCUGACGACAGAAGGUACCGAGUGUAGAUCAUACAACUUUAGGACAAAGGACGGACCACAGACCCACAGUUGCUACUCACUUGUGGUCGUCGCUGGCGGUUUGGUGGUGGUCUUUGGCGGCGGCUUGGUGGACACAAAAAGGAACUCUGUGGAUGUGGGCUCGGACGUGUCGAUGGGGAUGGAUGGGGUGCUGGUGUUGAAGAGGAAUGUCGGCAGGGGCUCGGUCGUUGUGCUGGGAGCAAGAGUGGUCGCCUCGGGAGUGCUUGUGGUCGGGACCACACGAGGAGCUGAGGUAUAUGAUACACACGCACCGAUGAAUGCAUAGACAGAUGAAGACAUACAGCCACUUAGACUGACUUGUCGAUGUCGUUGGCCUCGGUGCCGACGUGGUGUUGAUCAGCGGCUCCUCCAUAGUGAACCAGUCCCACUCUGUCGGUUCCUCAGUCGUCGGCUCCUCAGUCGACGUCUCCCACCAUGGCGGCCAUGUCCCAGGGAGGAUCCCCUCACCUCCCUCAGGAGUCGUCACCUUGACGGUCGUCUCAGCGGGUGUUGGGGCGGCAGUGGUGGUUGUCACAGGGGGUUUGGGGGGCACGGUGCAGUUGAAGCUGUCGAGGUAUUCCCUGAAGAACUCCAGCUGGGGGUCAUUGAGGAGUUCGGGGUGCUCCUGCAUGAUGUCGACGAAGCUCUCGAUGACCGAGAUGAAAGCCUUCGAAAAGAAGCACCCGGGGCAAGGGGAGGAGGGCUCAUCGGCAGUGGCCAUAUAUUUCAACUCUGCCGCCUUCAUCUCUGCGACACACAGGCACACACACACACACACAGAGGAAGAUAGAGAGAGCGAUCUGUCUUCUGUUGUCUUCUGACUGACCCUGGGACAUGCCCGAAUGGCCGGCCAACCCACAGAGAAGAAAGACACACAGGGCGAGGCCUCUGACGGAGCCGACGACGCGAAGGGCCAUGGUGAACCGCAGAAAUGACCACAGAGAGGAAAGAACUGACACACACAGCAGAACACGCAUCCCCCUCACCUCUCGAGAACAACCACCGUCCAGCCCCCAGACAUGACAAGCACGACCCCACCCCCGUGUGUACCUUAGAAUGGGUGUUCGAUGGAGCAGUCAGGGAUUGCAGUGGGGGGACAGAGCGGAGAUGACUCGCCCUCGUGAAAUCUCCGGGCAUGCACCGGCUUGUGCGCGCCCCUCGGUUGUGCCGUCGAUGAUUCAAAAGGGGUCGGGCUCGAAAAGCUCUUGGUCAACCCACCAGCUCCCCCAACACACAAAUGAGGUGGGGUACGUUCGGGGGGAAGUCGGUGAAGGGCAGUUCUGACACAAUCGAAGCUGUCUGACGAGGGGCUCGUGUGUCUGCGGUGAGGGGCAGCUCCAAAAACUCGGGGUCGAGCUCUGGUACGUCAGAGAAGAGCCAGACGAUCGCUAGAGCUCCUAUCAAGGCAGCUUCGAGCAUCCG